GUAGGUAGUGAUAUCAUGAGUCUUAGUUAAAUGACAAAAAAAAAGUUCCUUCAACUCUUCUUCAUAUAGAUAUUGACGAGAAAAGUUUUUCUUCAUUUGCGUAAAAAAGGGAGUGUUGACUGUUUGAUAAUGAUUUGCAUUUGUGAAAACUUAAAUAGAUAUUAAACAAAUAAACCAGUGUUAGCAUAUUAUUUGCGAGUGAGGAUUAUCCUUAAGUUGAAAAAUUAUAUAAACUUCAUCUACCGACAAAUAUCUAAUUAAAAAUAAAAUAAUUUUUAAAACAAAUAUCUGAACGUGUACAAACAAAAAUUCAUCAUGUUGGAUCAUUCACCAAAUCAGUAAUAAAAUUGAAUGCGAAUACAAAUCUAUUUCGUAGUACUAUUUGAUAGAAAAAUAAAUACAUAAAUCCUACACAUUUGAAAAAUGGAAAAGCAGGAAGUAUCCCAAAAGACUCCAAAUAAAACUCAAGUCGAUGACCUUUCUGAAAAAUUAUCGAUUGCUGUGAAACUUUCGGUAUCGCCGAAGGAAAACUACGAGUCUCAAAAUAUCCUAAAUACUACACGCAAACCUCCAGGCUUAGCUAAAAGAAUUCUUCUUUCUGUUGAUCAUACAAAAAAUGAAGGAUUAAAUCAUUCAUAUCAAGAAUCAAAUCAAAAGAAGUCUACAUUUGAUGAUGAACUUAGAUUUUUAGGAGAAUUUUCUUCGCCUCAGGAACAACAACACUUCCAACAACAAAAACUUUUAGAAUUUCAACAACAAAAUAAAUUGCAACAAGUGGAAAAAGUUUUACCCUUAGAUAAUUUCGGAGAUUUUAACUCACAACACUCGUCUGCUACUUUCAUAGGACAACAAUUAGCUCUUUUGAAGCAAAUGCAACAAAAACAACAAUAUGAAAAUCUCUUGCGUCAACAAUAUGAAAACAGAGAUAUUAUAGAAGAAUUUAAUAACGCUGAAAACUUCCCAACUUCAUUUGACAACGAAUGCUCCUCUCAGUGUUAUUCCGAAGAACUCACGUUGCCAUCAAAUGUUAUUAUUGUUGAUGAUGAUAAUAAUUUAGAAUCAAAUCAUCAGCUGACAACUUCAUCACCACCAGAAAUUUGUGAAAAUAUGUUAAAUUUGAAAGACAAAUUACGAACAAAAUUUUCCGAAUCAGAGUCUGACGCUGAAAAUGGAAAUGCUUACAGUACAAGUGAGGUGGAAAGUCACCAAAGAAAUGAUGAAUUUGAAGAACAAGUUUCUUGUUUAAAUCGUCAAUCUAAAGGUGAAAACGAUGAAAAAGCUGAGUUAGAAACUGAUCAGCUCCUUGGACAAGAAGAAAUCAAUGAAAUACCAAAUGGAUCAUGCAAAGAAAAUCUCACAAAAAUUGAAUGUGCUAAUGGAAAAAUUAUUUUACAAUCUAAAACAAUUGUUAAUAAAACUCCAACAUUUAUACGGCAAGGAAAUGGAAUUCAAAUGAUUUAUCCAGUUGAAAAAUCGAAAGAUGAAGGAAUCAGUAAAAAGUUUACGAUAGCAUCAUUUAUUAAAGAUAAAAGUAAUUCAAAAGAAUUUUCCAUCACGUCUGCGGAUAGUUUUGAGAACAAUAAGAAAGGUAUGAAAAUUGUUUAUUAUUUAAAGAAAAAUCAUCGUUUAAGUCAUGUUUUGUUAGCACCACUACUUGAUCUUGAUGUGCUUGUUGAAGGAGUUGUAUUCAGAACACGAUAUUUGGGAUCUACACAAUUAUUUUGUGAAGGAAAGCCAACAAAAUCUACUCGACUGAUGCAAGCAGAAGAAGCUGUUUCGAGAAUCAAAGCACCAGAAGGAGAGAGUCAACCAAGUGUGGAAGUUGAAUUAUUUAUUUCGGCUGAAAAAGUUAUGGUCUUGAAUUCUGAUUUAAAAGAAAUCAUGAUGGAUCAUGAAUUGAAAUCGAUAUCCUAUAUUGCUGAUAUAGGAAAUCUUGUGGUGCUUAUGGCUCGAAGAAAACUUCCACAAACAAUCCCAAGCAAUAAUGAUGAUGUCGUUGGCAAUACAAAGCAACGAAAACCGAAACUGAUUUGUCAUAUAUUUGAAAGCAGUGAAGCGCAAAUUAUUGCGCAAUCAAUAGGCCAAGCCUUUCAGGUGGCUUAUAUGGAGUUUUUAAAAGCAAACGGAGUAGAAGACCACAGUUUUAUGAAGGAAUUAAAUUAUCAGGAAGUGCUUAAUAGUCAAGAGCUUUUGUGUGACGAAUUGGAUCAUUUUUCAAAGAAAGAAUUGCAGAAAGAAGUUGUCGUUCCUAAAGCAAAAGGAGAAAUUCUCGGCGUUGUUAUUGUUGAAUCUGGUUGGGGAUCAAUGCUUCCAACAGUCGUGAUCGCAAAUCUCGCUUCAAAUGGAGCGGCUGCUCGAUGUGGCCAACUCAAUAUUGGUGAUCAAAUCAUCGCGAUUAAUGGAUUAAGUCUCGUUGGACUUCCACUUUCGCAAUGUCAGUCAUUCAUAAAGAACACGAAGAAUCAGACUGUAGUCAAGUUCACAAUCGUACCGUGCGCUCCUGUGGUGGAAGUAAAAAUCAAAAGACCAAACACCAAAUACCAGCUGGGAUUUAGCGUGCAAAAUGGCGCCAUCUGUAGUCUUUUGAGAGGCGGCAUUGCUGAGCGCGGGGGAAUUCGUGUCGGUCACCGCAUUAUUGAAAUAAACAAUCAGAGUGUUGUGGCUGUUCCACAUGAAAAAAUCGUUACUCUUCUUGCAACAUCUGUUGGCGAGAUUUCCAUGAAAACGAUGCCAACAUCAAUGUUCCGCUUGCUUACUGGCCAAGAGAAUCCGACUUUUAUUUAAAGUGACUUCGGCUUUGCUGUGUCUUUGAAUAGAUAAUUUAAUUCUUAAAUGUGAACAGCUUUAGCUUCGGAAAACAUGAAAAAUUAUCCCCAAGAAUUUUUAAGAUCUUUUAAGAAAAAAGAAAUAAGUUUUAGGGUUUGAUAUUUACUGUCAUGUGAUUGCGUGUGUGUUGAAGUAUCAAAUUCGCAUGUUGAUUAAAGUUUUUGCAGUGUUAAUAAGAAUUUUGGAAAGUCAUGUUUUUCACGUUAUUAGUGAAAUUUAUAAAAUGACAUUUUUAUAACAAAAUCAUAUCUUUAUACAUAUAUGUAUGCAGUGAUAUAAAACGGAUUUUAUAUUGAUUAAAAUAGAAAUUAUGAAAGACAGAAUUGCUGACUCGUUAACUGGCAAUAAAAAUAAUUGAAAAGAAAAAAUGUUGAAAAAAGAAUUUUUCGUCGGCAAUUUUGGUUUUGAUAAUUUCUAUUUCAUGCUCUUUCACAAUGGCAAACCCUACAUGAGAAAAGCCUUUAUAGCAAUAUUAAUGUUUGAGAAAAAAAACGUACUUUACUAUGCUUUAGCGUAUAUGGAUAAAUAUUAUAUUUAUUUAUAUAAUGAGAGUAAAUUAAAUAAAGUGUGUAAACAUUCUAAUUGUCUGUUACAUAAAAGAUUAA